CCUAACUUAUAUUGUCUUGAUUUUAUUAUAAACGUAAUUUCCAAUUUAUCCUUCAAUAAAAAAAUUAAAUAAACAUAACUUUACUAGAAGAUACAGUAUUAUUUUGCAAGUUAAUUAUUUCUCUGAAUUACUGUUUUAGCCCAAACAAUUUCUUUAUUAAAAAAAAAAAAAAAAAGGUGUAUUGUUACGUGCCUCUACCUGCAGCACGUAUAUACUUCGUGUAUUUGGAAAGAGUUACUAGAAUUGACUGUGCCACAAGCCUACCGACCUACCCAAGCAAUAAAUAAGAAAAAUUUACACUACUCAAGACUUCGUUCAUGGUGUUCCAUGGACCACCGCCAAUCAGUUCUCUACCGCUCUCAUUUCGCCGGAAUCUGACAUCAAGUCCGUUCAUUUUGCCGGAAUUUGAGUCCAAGUUCACUCUAUUAAUUUCAGCUUUUGAGACAUUUCACUAUGGUUCAUUGCAAGUUGUGGAGCGCUUAAUAGUUAAGAAUGGGGCUAUAGCCAUGCAUUUGGUAGAUAAUGAAGUUGAGAAUGGGGAGAAUAUUCCCAUCUCAAAACUCAGAAUAAGGUCAAGGAAAGCAAGUAUGAUUGCACCUGCUUUUUGAGAACUUGGCAUUAUAUUUGUGCGCUUUCGACCCCUCAGAAUGCAGAAAAUUCAGGGGAAGAGUAAAACUUGGAGCCCCUUUGGAGACAUUUCAUUAUGGUUCAUGGCAAGCUGUGGAGCGCUUAAGAGUUAAGAAUGAGGCUAUAGCCAUGCAUUUGGUAUACAAUGAAGUUGAGAUUGUGGAGAAUAUUUCCAUCUCAAACCUCAGAAUAAGGUCAAUGAAAUCAAGUAUGAUUGCACCUGUUUUUUGAGAACUCGGCAUGAUAUUUGUGCUCUUUCGAUUUCUUGGCAUGCAGAAAAUUCAGGGGAAGAGUAAAACUUGGAGCCUAAGCCAUCGGAACAAGAAGCCAAGGAGGUCUAAAACUUUAGCCGAGACUCUUGCGGAGUGGAAAGAGUACAAUGGCAAUUCAGCUUCUUUGGAUGAUAAAGGCAAGCCGGUAUGCAGAGUUCCGGGCAAGGGAUCGAAAAGGGGUUGUAUGAAGGGUAAAGGCGGACCCGACAACUUGCACUGCAAUUAUAGAGGCGUAAGGCAAAGGGUAUGGGGAAAAUGGAUGGCCGAAAUUCGAGGACCGAAGAGGGGUAAGAGGAGGAUGUGGUUGGGCACCUUUCAAACUGAUUUGGAAGCUGCUCUUGCGUAUGAUGAAGCAGCAAGAACCAUUUAUGGUGCUUGUGCCCGCCUCAACUAUCUAGAGAACUGUUCGAACGAGUCAUCGAAUAGAUCUUCUUCGAUGCCAACAGCUUCAAGCUCCAUCUCCACUAAUUUGCUUACUGCAGAAGAGUCAAGAACCGAUGGUGAUGGAGCUUCGGCAUUCCACGAAGCUAGCUCACUGGUGAUGGAGCAACAAGCAAUGGAACAGCCUCUAAGUGACGGUAGUAUUGUCACUCUGUGGGGAUGGUCCAUCGAAGGGUUCCAUAAAUGAAGCAGUGGAAGAGCAUGUGAAUCUCAAUUCGGACACAGGGGCUGCCUUGCAGAACUACAGAGCAGACGAAACGUUCAAUGUGGAAAAGCUACUUGGGACUCUAAAUUGUUCUUCUCCCCUUGCGGUCCACCUGCCUCGAAUGACUUGGGUAAUUAUGUUGCUCAUUUGGGGACCUCCAGCUACAACAAUAAGUGGCAUGACAUGCCUUCAGUGCUGAAUCAGGAAAAUUGUGGAGCUGAUUAUGGUUUGGAUUUCUUGAAACCGGACAGACAGGAGGAUUACAAUCUUGGAGCUGGCGAGGAAGAGCCUGCGAAUUCGGAAUCAGAUUUGUGAUUUUGAGGUGAUCGGCGGUGUAUGAAUAGAGAUAGUGAAGCCUGGUGGUGUUGAAUGGAUACUUCAGUGGAUUUUGUUAGUUUUAGUUCUUAGAAUGGUGUGUGUUAGUUCAUGGUCCAUAUAUGUUUUAAAAUUGUGGAGCUGAUUAUGGUUUGGAUUUCUUUGUUCUUUUCUUGUACAUAUCAGAGAAGUCACAUGGAUAAAUAUAAAGAUAUUGACGCUAUAUAUAUAUAUAUAUAUAUAUAUAUAUAUAGUUCACUCUUGUUCAGUUGUGAUCUUGCUUUGUGAGCUAGCUGAAUGUAAUUUAUUCAUUUUGCAUCUUUGUAACCUAUAUAUUCUGUUCUCUUGGAAUUACAAGGAAUUCAUUACCUGUUAUAAA